ACCAAAAUGGCGGACGCGUCGGUCGAAAUUGUCGAGGGCUGUCGGCUCCCUGUUCUCCGAAGAAAUCAAGAAAACGAAGACGAGUGGCCGCUGGCUGAAAUUCUCAGUGUUAAAGAUGUCCCUGGGAAGAAGCUGUACUAUGUCCACUACAUUGACUUCAACAAGCGGCUGGAUGAAUGGGUCACACCAGACAGGCUCGACAUGAAGAAACUUCAGUUUCCCAAGAAAGAGGCAAAAACGCCCACCAAGAAUGGGCUAUCAGGGUCACGACCUAGCUCCCCAGAGAGAGAAGUGAGGAAGAGUCUAGAGCUCAACCUUCAGUCUACCACUGCACCUUCCAGAGGCAAAACCCUCCCCACUCCGAAGAGGAAAGUGGAGUCUGUUACCUUGGCACCGCAGGUUUCCCCGGUAACGCCGGUGCCUUCUCUUCCAAGUUCUACUGAGGCCUCACAGGCCUCCAUUUACCCUGCAACCACCUUCACUAACAAAACCAACAGAGAAGAGCAUGAAAGUCUCACCUCUCUGACUACGAAUGGCACGGCGCGGCGUCUGAUGCCCUCUCAGCCUGGCAGGAAGAGGAAGAACUGUGGAGGAACAGAUGAGAUGAUAAAGGUUUUCCAGUUAAACAGCCCCCGAUGUCCCCCUGUACCUCUGCAGCCAGGAGAGGAUUCCCAGGACAGCUCGGACGGCAUUCCCUCUGCCCCCCGCAUGACCGGCAGCUUGGUGUCGGACCGUAGCCACGACGACAUCGUGACGCGGAUGAAGAACAUCGAGUGCAUUGAGCUGGGUCGCCACAGGCUGAAACCGUGGUAUUUCUCACCCUACCCACAAGAGCUCACCUCCCUGCCCAUACUGUACCUCUGUGAAUUCUGCCUGAAAUACCUCAAAAGCCUCAAGUGUCUGCAGAGGCAUCUGACAAAGUGUAACCUUCGCCACCCACCGGGAAAUGAAAUCUACCGCAAAGGCACCAUCUCGUUUUUUGAAAUCGACGGACGGAAAAACAAGAUAUACUCUCAGAACCUGUGUUUACUGGCAAAGUGUUUCCUGGACCAUAAGACGUUGUACUACGACACAGACCCGUUUUUGUUUUACGUUAUGACAGAGUACGACUCCAAAGGCUUCCACAUAGUGGGCUACUUCUCAAAGGAGAAAGAGUCGACAGAAGACUACAACGUGGCGUGUAUCCUGACGUUGCCUCCCUACCAGAGAAGAGGCUACGGCAAACUGCUCAUCGAAUUCAGUUACGAGCUGUCUAAGGUGGAGGGCAAGACCGGGACACCAGAGAAGCCUCUGUCUGACCUGGGCCUGCUGUCCUACCGUUCCUACUGGUCCCAGACCAUCCUGGAAAUCCUCAUGGACCUCAAGUCAGAGAACGGAGAGCGGCCACAGAUCACCAUCAAUGAUAUCAGUGAGAUCACCAGUGUGAAAAAAGAGGACGUCAUAUCAACUCUACAAUAUCUCAAUCUUAUCAAUUACUACAAGGGUCAGUACAUUCUCACCCUGUCUGAGGACAUAGUGGAAGGCCAUGAGAGAGCCAUGCAGAAGAGACACUUGCGUAUCGACCCUAAAUGCCUGCAUUUCACCCCUAAAGACUGGAGUAAGAGGGGCAAAUGGUAGAGACCAGCCCCACGCCGGGGUUAUCUCACAAAACUACACUCUCUGAGGGUUUUCUUCGGGAAGUCUCAAAAUCACCCAUCUGUCACUAUCAGACUGCCCUCCGUGCCCAAAACAAACCGGUUAUAAUCCUCCAGUGAUCCAUGAACAUUGUGCUCGGUCAGCCUGGUUUUCCCGGACAUCACUCAGACUCCGUUCUUUUUUGUUCUUUUUUGUUCUUUUUUGUUAAAUCGGUGAAAUUUCAGCUCCGAGAAUGAGCAGAACACAUACUGCUG